GUCACCAUGAAAGCCGCGUGCCUCCUCUUCCUGUUUGCGCUGGCGCGCUCGGGCGCAGUCGCCGUGCCGACGCCCGACGAAUGCGCGCCAUUGGUCGCGCCGCUGCCGCUCGACGACCGCCGACAGUUGUCGGGCCAGCGGAAGUUCAUCUCGGGCUUCACCGACAGCACCGUCGACAACGCCAUCCUCCGAGUCACCGAAAGCACUCGCGUCAACUUGACCGCCGCCACCCACAACGACAAAGACAUGCUCCUCUACGAGGAGAUGCUGAUGAACGGCACCUGCUACGGCACCAGGCUCAACGUCUCCAUCGACGGCAAUGUGGCGUCCGCCAAAAUGCGAAACAUUUCGUCGCAGUUCCACCUACUGCCGACGUGCGAAGGCUGCCAAGUUCUGAGCAUCAACAGCACAGCUCGCAACCUCAAGACCUUCCUGGAGGCUUUCGACCUCCACAUAGACGACGCCGUUAACGACGAGUUCGGCAUCCGCUCCAUCUACCUCUUUGGAAACGACGUGAAGGACUCGGACGUGGAACAGUUCAAGAAGCAGGCCGGCUGCUUGGGCUUCUCCGGAGAACCCGACUUCACGAUGGACCCCGAAAAAGGUUCGGGCCGCAGCACGAGACCUCGCAACGACUUCUGCGACGGCCGCAAAGUCGUCAUGAUCAACUGA